CAAUCGGUCGUAUUCAGAGCUCAGUGGCGCUUCAUCCGCGUUCGGAUGUGGUCGUUUACAAAGUGUUGUGAUAAAAUGGCAGUUUGUAAACAAUUUUUAUUCUACAUAGUGUGUUUAAGUGUUAUUUUUAAUAAUGUUGAUGCACAGGCAGAUUGUACCUCACCGUACGGCGGCUCAGGGCAAUGUGUCGACAUCUACAAAUGUCCACAACUUUUGAUGUUAUUGAACAAGCCCAACAGAUCACAAAAGGACUAUGAAAUACUGAGAAGUGCUCACUGUGGAUUCCAGGACAGCACUCCAUUGGUGUGUUGUCAAGUGACCUCGCCGGCACCGACAACUCCUCAGCCCACCACACCUAAGGCUCCGCCCUCACCAGCUCCUACGGGAACCCCAAAAGGCAAUAGAUGUAUCACCCCCGAUGGGCAAGUCGGCAGCUGCGUCGGGCUCUACUCCUGUCCUGAUAUCACAAAACGACUUCAAUCGCCUACACCAAAUGAUGUUACUUUCGUACAAAACUCAAGAUGCCAAGGUACUCAGGAGUACAGCGUGUGCUGCGCGUCCUCUACACCGACAAAUACGGCAGCACGGCCGACAGUGUGUUCGCUAACCGCGACGCCGCCAGACCCCGCCACCGAAUGCUGCGGCCAAGAGAGCAGCGGUGGAAACAGGAUUUUUGGUGGUAAUGUGACUGCUAUCGACCAGUACCCGUGGCUUGUAAUUCUCGAGUACAAGAAAGAUGAAAAGAUCAAACUGUUGUGUGGUGGAGUGCUCAUAAGCGGGAGAUACGUGAUAACUGCCGGCCACUGUGUCACCGGCCCAGUGCUUGCAGUUGGCACACCCGUCAACGUUCGUCUCGGUGAAUACGACACUAGUAACUCGGGGCAGGAUUGCGUGGAGGUAGAGGGAGGAGGAGAGGACUGUACUGAGGGCGCCCUUAUCGUGCCUAUAGAGAAGAUCAUCCCGCAUCCUCAGUACGACCCUAAUAAUGCACUGAGGAGACAUGAUAUCGCUCUGCUGAGGCUCGGCCAGCUGAUACCGUAUGGAGAUUUCAUCCGUCCGAUAUGCCUCCCGAGUACCGACAUUGCUCUAGCAACGCCACCGGACUUGAGACUGUUCGCGGCCGGUUGGGGCGCAGUCAGCAGCACUCAAGCCAGUAGCAACAUCAAGCUGCACGUCAGUGUGCCUUUCAAAAAUCAAGAGGACUUGAGAACAUACCUGGCGUAUACACAAAAGUGUACGAAUAUCUACCAUGGAUCCGGUCGGAAAUAACUCCUUAGAAAUAAUUGAUUUUAUAAUUAAAAAUAAUUACUUACUAUGUA